UUGUCUAGUUGCACUGUUCCAGCGUUGACUCUUUGCAGCUAUGCAGCUAACAUAAUUGGGCUUCUGGCACAGGGCCCCAUCCCAACUGGCUUCACAAACUGCAGUCUGCGACGCGAAACCCUUGUCCACUAACUGUCCAACGAGGUAACAACCAAAAUCGAUGUAGGAAGCGGAAACCACUAGGCCAUGCUGUUAUUAGAUAGACCUUCCAACCUGACUAUAUAUAAGGGGAUCCCGCGUGGCUCUCUGCUCUAUAAGGACGUUCACACUGGAAUACGUAGAGGUCUAGUCCACCAGAUACUACUCUGACUACUAUUCCCGCCUUCGGUAUUCUACAGCAUGGACCUACCUUCCGUUCUUCUCUACAGGACUGUCCGGGUAGCAGUGCGACGACCCGAUGGAACUCUUAUGACAACGGAAGGUGAAGAACAACAAGUCUUAUAUGUCCACCAGGACGGCACCAUGGGCGGAACAGGUCGGGUUGCGAUGUGCCUGAUGCAACACGAAAUGAUGAGCAUUCGAGCAGAAAUCAUUCGGAUCUCUGCCCACCCCGUGUGUAACUACGUCUGGAAGGUCAGAACCGAUCAUUGGAGAUUGUAAG